AUGCAAAGGUGUAUAGCGCCUCUGCGAGCAAACACGGUAUCGCUUCCUUUAGUGUCUCUGGGCCAGACUUUUGAGGAAUUAGUGAUUGAAUGUCACAAAGGAGAAAAAACGCCCGCGUGUUCGCAUCGUACACCACCCGCUAGCCCUACUCCCCUUGCUACUAUUCUCGAUAUAGAGAAGGAGGGGUUUCCAUCAAAAGGGCUCAGUGGUCUGCUCGGGCGAAGUCGCGGUGAUAAUGAGUUUGGAGUUAUGCAGAAAGUUUUGGACCGUAAGUCUGAAGAAAGUCAAGGUCUACUUCGUAGUAGCUCGGCAUUGACCUUCAAAGAAUACACCUGCGGUAGACGUUUGAUCCACGCUGUCCGACAUGAGCUCGAGGGCUCACAGAAGCUUAAUGGCAUCACGCGGCCAUUAAGUGAGCCGAAAGGAGGGACGUUGGUGCCAUCAAAUAGCUGUAUAAAAGAGCGAGAAAAGACACCAGGUUGUUUCCGAGAAAGCUGCAGCUUACAUCCACAUGCCCGUGACCAAACGCACAUAUCCUCCAGAGAUAACAAUGCUACGAAUGUUGAUGAUAGACUAGCAUCACCCAUGGAAGAGACCCAAGUUUAUGUGGAUCAAAAUGGCAGCGAUUCGUGUCUUUCGAGCACUUCUACUUCAGCCUCACAGAGUUCAAAUUCCCGACAGACAACAGUUGAAAUUGUCGAGCCGGCCUCUCAUAGUGUGAGUAAUUCUGCCUGUGGGCUUGCUAUCUCAGAUGACCGCCCUAACGAAACCUGUAAAGAUGAUCGUUUGGCUGGGAUUUUUCAGGAGGGCGUGCCUUAUUCUGGAGAAUGCACAGAUCGAAAAUCGUUCAAUUCCGCUGUUGGACCUCUACCUGAUUAUGUUGAUCCAUCCACGUUAAGCGACUCAACCUCGCAUAGUGAUCAUGUGCCCGGAAGAUUAUCAUCUGUUCAUAAACCAUUGAAAGAUUUGAUCUACCAGACUAAUCACAAGCUUUACCGGGUUGACUCGCAUAAGGUUUGCCACAAGGCUGGCUUAUCGAAGAAAUGGCCAACAGAGCUACCGCACUUACACCGCCGGUUUAAAGAUGACAAAAAGAAAGUUAACCCUACACCUCCGUAG